UUGAUCAUAGACAAGUCAAUUGAUGGUCAAUAGUUGUAAUAUUAAUGUUUGGGUUUGUGAGUGAAAAGGAGAAACAGGAAGUUAUAGUAGUAGCAUAUUAUAUUCUUAAUUAAUCAAUUAUUGACAUUAUUUUACGUAAAUGUAACGUACUUAAAAUUAGAGAAUGAGACGCAGAAGUACCAGAUCAAGUACAAAAGUUUCACCUGAGAAACCAAUAGAUUCGCCGUCUAAUAAGCCUCGCCUAAGAUCUAGAAGAAGACGAUCUUCAUCGCGAUCAUCUAGUGAAGAGCCAACCCGUAAAAGGGUGUUAAGGAAUUCUGCUAAUAAAAGUGACAGAAAAAGUCCCGAAAAUGAAAAAAAGGAAGAUAAUAAUGAAAAUAUUGAAUCACCUGUAUCAAGAAAACAGGAAAAUCGUAAAAGGACUAGCAAUAAUCAUGAAAGUGUAGAUGACGUUAAGGAAUUAAAAGCAAGAGAAAUCUCAACUAAACCUGACCAUUCUGAAGAAGUUUCAGUGAAAACCGAAGAAAAGGAAAGUAUUGAGGGAAAAGAGUUAAAAGGUAAGUCUAAAGGUAAAAAUAAAUCUAAAAGUGACAAUUCACCGCAAAUAAGUGAAUCUGAAAGCCAUAUGCAAAGUGAAAUUUCUGAAAAUGCACAGGUGACAUCUCAGUCACCAACUCAUACUUCUGUGAAUAUUCCAAGUGAUAAUGUUCUUGUUUCACCUGAUGAGAUUAACAACUCUAAUAUCGAAAACAUGUCAAAGGAGAGUGAUGUUGAAAAUAUGAGUAAAAUUGUAAAGACAGAGACUGUUACUGAGUCUGUUGAAAUUGUAAAGUCGGAAGAAGAUACAAAAGAAUGUUUGCAAGCACAUGGUGAAUUUAAAUCAGAAAAUUAUGAAAUUGAUAAAGAGGAAAAAACACCACAAAGUACAAUGGAGUUACAGUGCAGUACAGAUACAGAAAAUACAAGUAUUAAAGAAGAUACAGAAAAUACAAGUAUUAAAGAAGAUACAGAAAAUACAAGUAUUAAAGAAGAUACAGAAAAUACAGUUAUUAAAGAAGAUACAGAAAAUACAAGUAUGAAAGAAGAACAUGGUGAACAAGCUGAAACAAAUCAAAAUGCAAUAAACACAGUGGCUACAGAUUUAAAGCAAGUAAAAGAAGUUGAAGAAGAAACUUUGGAAAUGGAAACAGAAAAAUUAUCUCCAACUUCACACAACACAUCUGUAACUGAAGAAAAGGAAGUAGUGGUGGAGGAAAUUCGGAAAGAUGGUGUAUUGGAAGAACCAGAACCACAAAAUAUUUCUCAGCUUGAUACGUCGUUAGAAAAAGAUACCACUUUUAAUAUUACUGACUCAUGUAAUGAAGAUGUACAAAAGUUAGUUGAAGCUAAUGAAGAAAUCCAAAAUUUGAAAUCUCAAGUUUUGGAAAUAUUUCGUACUCCUGAACCUAAAAUACGUAGAAGAAAAUGGGGGAAUUCUGUAGUUAGUUUACAUCUUAUGAACACUUCCCUGUCAAAAAUUGAUGUAAACACUAUUAAAAAUCUGUGUCCAAAUGUCGAAUUCCUUGAGGAGAAUGAAGUAAAAUUGGAAAUAAAAGAGAGAAGGAAAUCUGCACCAGAAUCCAAAGAUAAGAAAAUGGAACGUAAAGUUUCACUCGAUUAUAAAUCAGAUGGAGAUUACUCCCAAUUUCAAAGACAGACUUCAGCGAGUUCAACAGAAGAUAAAAAUGAGUCUGACAAUUCGCAUAUUAUUGCAAUGAAUCGUAAAAUAUCAAUUGUGGAUGAUACUGCAAGUAAGUUACGACCACCCCCAAGUCCAGCAAAAAAUCCAGUAUCUGCUGUUCUGUUCAUCACAAACUUGGUUCGACCAUUUACAUUGAAACAACUUAAAGACCUACUAGAAAGGACAGGAAAAAUAAAACAAAAUGGAUUUUGGACUGAUAAAGUAAAAUCGAAAUGUUAUGUCCAUUAUGAAACAGAAGAAGAAGCUGAAGCUACUCGGAAUGCCCUUCAUGGAGUCAAUUGGCCAGUGGGAAACGCAAAACAACUCUGCAUUGAAUAUGCAACGGAAGAAGAUUUGGAAAACGCCCGAAAUCCACCACCUAUCGCCGCCCCACCUGUCGAAUCUACGAAUAUUAUCGAAAAAGAAAACAAGAUUCCAGAAAAACAAACACGGGAUGAUAAGCCGAAAGAACGAGAAAAAGCAAGAAAUAAUGUAAGGGAGUGGGAUUUGGAGAAGCAGAAUAAAAAGCGUUCAUUCAGUAGAGAAAGAGAAGAACGUGAUAAGCGAAGACAUCGGCGUUCAGCAACGCCAAUAGAUUAUAUUAAACGCAAGCAGUUAAAAGAAGAAGAAGAAAUUCCACAAAAAAGAAUGGACGAUCUUUUUCGAAAAACCAAAGCGUCCCCGAGUAUUUAUUGGCUGCCGCUCACUCCCGAAGAGAUUGCUAUAAAAGAACAGCAACGACUUCAGCGAAUGGCCGAACAUAAACGAAGAAUGGAAGAGUCUUCGCGAAGUGGUAGGGUGGAUUACGGGCGGGGGGCAGCGUAUCGGAGAAGAUACUGAACUUCUUGCUGCUGGGUAUAUUGAUUGCAUCGUCCUCUAAUAAUUUUGUGUGCCAGUGUAAUUGGUUGUGUGCAUGAAUAAUAUUUGUCCCUUUUCCUUUCAAAACCUCCCUUACGUCAAUUGAUUCUAUUUUCCUUCAAAAUUUUUAGUUUUGUUGCUUUUGUUAAUUUUUUUUAGUUGCAGUUCAGGACACGGAAAAUAAAGGGCGUUUUUUGGUGUCUUCUUUUGUGAUUCCUUUUUUCAUCCCUGCGUGAAAGGUGUGCGAAUCUUUGCGUGAACAACGUUAACCCGUUUUAUUAUAGGACUUCCUACAGCAUAGGAACACAGAUGUCCCUGUAUUUCAAAAUGGAAAUGCAAUUUCAGUACGAAAAAUCAAGGAAUGCGUUCAUCUUUUGAAGAUAUAUUACUAGGUCAUUUGAUGCGUGUCUCACGACGUGUCUUCGUAAUUAAUUAAUUAUUUAUUAAUUUCGAAUUCCGAUUGUAGUAAUUUGGCCAGGCUAUUUUACUUGGUCCAACAAAUGACAUUUUGAUGCUGCCAAGCAAAACACUCCUGUUCAUUAUGUAUUUGCAACUGUCACAAACCAAUGUAGAUGCAAUUUGAUUUAUCGUUUAUUUAGCGAAUAUUGUACAGAUUGAGGUAAAUAAAAAUUUAUAUUAAAA